ACCCUGGCACCAGCCUCACGCCCCUCACUCAGUAUCACGCUCUCGCCACACCUGCAAGCUCGCUACACCUACGCAUGUACGCUGGCUACACCUACACCUGCACGCUUGAUACACCUACACCUUUACGUCCGUGCCACCUCUUUGGUGGCUUAAUCUUUAUCAAUCACUUACACCUGCAUGCUGGUUAAGCCCACACGUGUACGCUCGCUCCCACCAUACCUGCACACUCACUACUCUCACACCUACACAUUACACACUUAAAAACUCACACUUAAAAACACUCGCUACACCCACAAACAACUAUAUAUCUGCACCAGAAAAAAAGAAACCUUCCUGGUAGGGGGACAGGUGAAGCAACAGGAAUAUAGGCUAGCCGGCCGUACUGACUAGUGAGGACCACAACGAUGAGGCUCCCUGCGGCGUGGCUGCUGACGGCGGCGCUGCUGGGCGUCCAGCAUACAGCGAAGGGCGCCCAGAACAUGGGACCCAAAAAAGAACUACCUGACGAUACACUCUUCAACGAUCCCGCCGUCUUCUGUGAGGGCUGUUACGGUAUGGUGCAGGAGUUGUACAAGCUGAUGGAAAUGUGGGGCAAGGAGAAGGGCUCGCUGGAGGAUCACAUCGACGCCGCGCUCCUGGCCGUCUGUAGCACUGAUCGACUUAGAGCCUACGUCCUCUCGCCGCCCAAGAUGAUGCGACUCUGUUCCGGCAUCAGAGCUCACUACGAGGACGACUUGGGACUAGCCUUACUCACCCACUAUUCGGCAAAGAAGAGAGCCAAUGUGGACAAGAUAUUCGAGUCUGUCUGCAGGAAGGCCAUACCGGCGUGUCCCAGGAACACCAAGCCCAUGUCAGUAGCCAGGCAGGAAAAACGAGAGAAGGAAACUAAUGAACCCAACAAGAAGGACAAGAAAAUGAAGACUGAAACGAAAGAAGUCAAAAUUGAGAGAAAAAGUUCCAGUGAGAAGAAAAAAGAUGAAUUGUAAACGUUUCUCUGUCUGAGGCCAGGGGUGCCAGAGGCCAGGGGUGCCAGAGGCCAGGGGUGCCAGAGGCCAGGGGUGCCAGAGGCCAAGGGGUGCCAGAGGCCAGGGGUGCCAGAGGCCAGGGGUGCCAGAGGCCAGGGGUGCCAGAGGCCAAGGGGUGCCAGAGGCCAGGGCGCUUGGCACGCUCUUGACCAUCUAGUGUUCUCAGAAACAGAGUACCGGUUGCAUAAUGCUGUUCACGUCUGUCUUUAUACAUUUAGCGAAAGUAAAUGACCGAUAACAAA